AUGGAGUCCUCAACCUUCUCUGUCCCUUUCCUUUCACUUCACACGCAACCAAAUCCAAAACUCAACACCUUCAGCCAUUCGUCGUUUUACUGCGCGCUAAACAGAGCGCCCAUUAGCUGCAACUCAAGUGCUGCUCUAAAACCCUUUUACCCGUUAAGGGCUUUUUCUUCUUCUGUUUCCAAAAACACCGAGCCGAUGGUUCCACCUUAUAAUGUUUUGAUAACUGGUUCAAGUAAAGGAAUAGGAUAUGCAUUAGCAAAAGAGUUUCUCAAAGCUGGAGAUAAUGUGAUUAUAUGUUCUAGAUCAGACGAACGAGUGAAAUCUGCUACUGAAAGCUUACAGGUUGAGACGGGGAAGCAGCAUGUGUGGGGUAUCAAGUGCGAUGUUCGAGAAGGGGAUGAUGUCAAGAAUUUAGUUUCCUUUGCACAAAAUCAACUUAAAUACAUUGACAUAUGGAUAAAUAAUGCAGGAUCGAAUGCAUAUUGUUACAAACCAUUGAUGGAGGCAUCUGAUGAAGAUCUAAUUGAAGUUGUAUCUACAAAUACCCUUGGUUUGAUGAUAUGCUGCCGAGAGGCAAUAAAUAUGAUGCAAACACAGUCUAGAGGAGGACAUAUCUUUAACAUCGACGGAGCUGGCUCAGAUGGAAGACCAACUCCAAGAUUUGCCGCUUAUGGUGCAACUAAACGCAGUGUGGUGCAUCUCACUAAAUCGCUACAGGCAGAAUUGAGGAUGCAAGAUGUCAAGAAUGUUAUAGUACACAAUCUUUCGCCAGGAAUGGUUACUACAGAUCUUCUCAUGUCUGGUGCUAACACAAAGCAGGCCAAGUUUUUCAUUAAUGUUUUGGCUGAACCAGCUGAAGUAGUUGCUCAGUAUCUUGUUCCCAACAUUAGAAGUGUACCCACAAGUGGAUCUGCAAAACCGACUUACAUACGGUUCCUCACCGGAUUAAAAGCCUACUCUCAAAUAUUCUCAAGGUUUGCUUUUGGAGCACGAAGAAAUCGAUAUGUUCUUGAAGAUUAA